AUGGAGCACUCGCCACUCGGAAAGCUCGCGCCAGAGCUGCGUAACAGGAUCUACGAACCAUUGCUCCAACGACCGCACAAGAUCUGGCUGCACGUUGAGCGAAGAGGGCAAGCUUUCACCAUCCCCGGCUUCAAGACUCCAUCGAUCACUCGCGUCUGCCAGCAAAUGCGGUCCGAAGCCAUGCCCUUCUUCUUCAACCUCAACGAGUUCGCAUACGACAUUCGAUUCGUCCAUCCGAUCAGAUACACAACCGACAUUGUACAUGCAUUCAAGCUCUUCGGUCGCGACCGCACCCGCGCCAUCUCCAAGAUCAGCAUCAACAUGUACGACGUGGUGGGUGCUCGCCGACCUGCAAUCAUAACGCUGAUCUGGACCUUCGCUCAGAUGGCGAUUCUGGGACUGCCUCUGAAAGCAAUCACGCUCAAUGGUGGCCUCUUUGUGCACAUCUACAGCAACCGAGAGAUGAAGGCGCGGCUGGAAGAGUGGACGGAGGCACUUCUGUCACUUGGACAUGGCUUGGGCCGAGCUGGCUUCAAAGCGGAGGUGACGAUGAGACAGCGGUAUUUCGAAUGGCAGUUCGAGGGCGAGGGUCGACGCUUUGCCCAGGACGAGCAUUGCGCGAUGAUACUCGCUCGACUCGGCAUUCGGGAUCCCAAAAAACCACGGCCCAUCUGA